UUCUCGCCACAUAGCCAUUCUCCUUGGCUGAGAAAUAAGAAAACAGGUUGUUGAUUCCAAAGUAGCGUAGCUAGGUGAUGACAAGAAGAGAUUCGCUACGACGUUUGUUGAUCGUUUCUUGUUCCGUGAAUUCGUGAGGACCGAUGUCGCUGUGUUUUUCCUUCUUUCUUUAAUCAUUCGAACUAUUCGAACCCACCCUACAGGCUAUAGUCUGAGGUAAUCAUAGCGUCGUCAUAUAAACCACAGACAAAUUGAUACUUCCGCUUUAGUUUAACUUAAUUUCUUACUGAAACUCUGUGCUAACCGGUUCAUGUUUUAGCCUGCAUAGAAUUUCCUUCAGUACACACACGGGGAUGAGUGCGUCAGUCACUUGAAGUAAGUGCCGGUGCGUUUGUUGGUUAUAUUGGUCUCCCGCGCUGUAAACAACAGGAUUUUAUAGUGAAUAUCUUGCGUAAUUGUGGUUGUCAACGUUUUAUCAUCACUAUUCCUUUAAAGUUUUUAUUACUAAAACCAAAUGAAGCGUAAUUUUGAAUGCAGAGUGAGAAAACGAAUAAAGUGAGAGUUUAGUAAACAACUUGCCCUUGUAACAAAAUUGCCUGAUUGUUUUGCAAAACAGUGUCAUAGUGAGGCGAGUUCGUGGUGGUGCGUUAAUGUUAGUAAUUUUAGUAUUGUCAAAGAGGGGCACAGACUGCUGAUUCUGUAAACAACAAUUAAAUUAUCCCAAUAUAUGGGUAUGAAUCAGAUGCAUUCAGAGUCCCUCUGAACUGGUCAGUAUAUCAGAUUAUAUUUUAGUUAAAUGUUGUGGAUGUUAGAUAUCAAUUUCCAUUCUCAGUCCUCAUACAACAAUUUACAAUAAACUACUUUUCCGCAGGAUCUGUAUUAACGUGUGCAUACUGCAGUUCGGGACAUGCUGUGUCUAUAAGGAAUUUGUGUCAGAAAAUAUAAAUCAGGCGACAGGCGGAGACCGAAUUGAAGUAUCGGCUUAUGCAUAUGACUUGUAGUCAUGUGAUACGACACUGAUCCACAUUGCGUGAUGCGGGACCAACGUUCCUGAGUUAACAGGAGACUGAGCAGUUUUUCCUGUGCCUGAAACCAUGGAAAAGGAUCCCCUGAGAGGCAAUGCGUCAAUUCCAAUGAGUUUUCCUGCGUCGUAUCAAGCAGUUGGUGAUCAGCUUGAGAAUGGGCAGCAAAUUCGUAGUGUGUCAUUAAGUUCAGAUGACGAUAUGAUUGACAUAACUACAACAGGGACUACCACAGAGCACUCUAUCCAUGGUGAGGAGCAGGGAUCACACUUAACAUCUAUUAAGUACUCAGGACACCUUGGGGGUGGGGUGCAAUUCAUUGGUCUUCAAGUUUCAGGGGAUUCAGAUGACAUCCCUGGAAUUGGCCAGUAUGAUGAUUUCCACACCAUAGACUGGCAGCGUGAUAUCGCACGUGAUCGUAUGCGUCACCGUUAUAUCAUAAAGAAGAAACAGGAUUCAAUUUGUGACUUAAUCAAGGGGGCACAUGAUGCAUGGUCUGGUUGGGUGUGUGUGCUGUUUGUUGGCCUUGUCACAGGCGUGGUGGCUGGUGUUAUUGACAUUGGAGCCAGUUGGAUGUCAGAUCUCAAGUAUGGUAUCUGCCCCGAAGCCUUCUGGCUCAACAGGGAACAAUGCUGCUGGUCGUCCAAUGAGACCACAUUUGAUAACGGAAAUUGUUCUCAGUGGUGGACAUGGCCUGAGGUGCUGAGACAGUCGAGAGAAGGUGUGGGACCGUACAUUAUCUCAUAUCUGGUCUACAUUGUAUGGGCACUAAUAUUUGCUGCUCUGGCAGCUGCCCUGGUGCGAAUGUUUGCACCGUAUGCAUGUGGUUCUGGUAUUCCUGAGAUUAAAACAAUCCUCAGUGGAUUCAUCAUCAGAGGUUACCUUGGCAAGUGGACUCUCAUCAUCAAGUCUGUUGGCAUCAUGCUCUCUGUGUCAGCAGGUCUCAGUCUCGGAAAAGAAGGACCAAUGGUCCACAUUGCGUGCUGUAUCGGUAACAUACUGUCGUAUUUGUUCCCAAAAUAUGGCCGAAAUGAGGCUAAGAAAAGGGAGAUUCUGUCGGCGGCAGCUGCAGCUGGCGUCUCUGUAGCAUUUGGUUCUCCUAUUGGAGGAGUGCUGUUCAGUUUGGAGGAAGUCAGCUAUUACUUCCCACUUAAGACUUUAUGGCGGUCAUUCUUUUGUGCUUUGGUGGCAGCUUUCAUCCUCCGCUCAAUAAAUCCAUUUGGAAAUGAACAUUCUGUUCUAUUCUAUGUGGAAUAUAAUAAACCAUGGAUAUUCUUUGAACUAGUUCCAUUUGUUGCCUUGGGAAUUAUGGGGGGUGUGGUAGCUACUAUAUUCAUUAAGGCUAACUUGUAUUGGUGCCGCUACCGCAAGGUUUCCAAGCUGGGUCAGUAUCCAGUGACUGAAGUGCUAGUCAUUGCCGUGAUCACGGCAGUUAUAGCAUAUCCAAAUCCGUACACUCGGAUGAACACGAGUCAGCUUAUCUUCUUGCUCUUCAGCCAAUGUGGUGUCUCAAACUCGGACAAUCUCUGUGAUUACAACCGUAACUUCACAGACGUAAAUUCUGCCAUUGAAAAAGCAGCAGCUGGUCCAGGGGUUUACAAAGCCGUGUGGCUCCUUGUUCUGGCUCUUAUAUUCAAGUUGGUGGCAACGAUCUUCACAUUUGGCUUCAAGGCACCAUGUGGUCUGUUUAUCCCCAGUCUUUGUCUGGGUGCCAUAAUGGGUCGGAUUGUGGGCAUCGGUAUGGAGCAGCUUGCUUACAAUUAUCCACAUAUUUGGCUGUUUAGUGGGGAGUGUUCCACUGGAGAUGACUGUAUCACCCCUGGCUUGUAUGCCAUGGUGGGAGCAGCAGCUGUGCUGGGCGGUGUCACCAGGAUGACAGUGUCUUUGGUGGUGAUAAUGUUUGAGCUUACUGGAGGCGUGCGCUAUAUCGUGCCACUGAUGGCAGCUGCCAUGGCCAGCAAGUGGGUGGGAGAUGCUCUGGGUCGACAGGGUAUAUAUGAUGCUCACAUUGAGCUCAACGGCUACCCUUUCCUUGACAGCAAAGAAGAAUUUGCUCAUACUUCUCUUGCAGCAGAUGUCAUGCAGCCCAAGCACAGUGAGCCGCUGAGUGUGCUGACUCAAGACUCUAUGACUGUGGAUGAUGUAGAAAUUUUGCUGAAAGAGACAGAACACAAUGGCUUCCCUGUGGUGGUAUCCAGAGAAUCACAGUACCUGGUGGGCUUUGUGCUUCGUCGUGAUCUCAAUCUUGCCAUAGCAAAUGCAAAGCGCACACUUGAAGGAAUCUGUGGGCAGUCCCUCGUCCUGUUUGUGAACUCCGUUCCACCCCAAGCAUCAGGUCCUCCACCACUGAAACUGAAGAAGAUUCUGGACAUGGCACCCAUCACCAUGACUGAUCAGACCCCCAUGGAGACAGUGGUGGAUAUGUUCCGCAAGCUGGGGCUGCGACAGACGCUUGUCACACAUAAUGGCCGAUUGCUUGGUGUCAUCACAAAGAAGGAUGUUCUUCGACAUGUGAAGCAGAUGGACAACGAGGAUCCAAAUUCUGUCCUGUUCAACUGAGAGCUACCCCAGUUGGAGAGAUGCAGGAAUCUGCUCAUUGAUUUGAACAGCCAGGUGUUUGGAACUAAUGCAGCGCACCUCUAGAUGCGCUGCAGGUGUGAGAAUAUUGUGAUGUUAAGGCUUCUGUACCGCCACUUUGACAGGAAGUGAUGAUUAGUACAGUGUACUUUAUACUGCAUGAAUCAGACUUUUGUGGAAGUAUUUUGUCCAGAUACAUCAUGCAAUGUCGUUAGAUGAAUUUAUAGUUUUGAGGAGUCCGUCUGUGUGCUAGAUCUAUCUGUUCAUGAAUUUGUUCAUUCAUAAAGCAGUGUUAUUUUAAAUAAAAAAGAAGGUAAGACUAACAAAGGUAGCAGUAUGUGUAUGUACACUCUUCUAUUUAUAUCUUAAUUAUUUAGGAAUUAUUUUAGCAAUGCCAUAAUUUAUAAGAAUCCUUUUUGUUUCAUAGUAGUAAAUUUUUACAGAAGAAUUUAAUUGCAUAUUAAAAAUAUUUGCCUGUGGAUGUUUUUCUUCCUGUAUUCAUUAUUAUUAUUAUUAUCGCACAGUAGGAACAAGUUGGGCCGAGAGGGGGAGAUACUGUAUAUAAUAUAAUGCAUUCAUAUUCUCAAAGUUGUCUGUUGCUUAGAAUUUGUAUUGGGACUCAUUGCAUGUUUGUCACUGGCAACUAGUCACUUGUUAUCUGUGUUUAUAAUGACAUUUAGAAUGAAUGUUAUCAUUAUUAUUAUGAUUAUUAUUAUUUUACUGCUGCUGCUGCUAUGACCACUAUCACUACUGCAGCUGCUGCUGUGGAAUUUCACAAUUAAAUGUAUCACGUCUUGACAUCUGAA